GCUGUGGGGAGAAAAAAAAAGGUUAUAAUUAAGUUCCAUAUGUCACUAAGGACACAGAUUCUUUUAUGUGAAAUCUGCAAUACAAUAAAGACAAAAACUAAACAUUCUUAUGAUUUGAGAGAAUAACUUUACAUAAAAUGUGCAAUAUUUUUUCUUAAAUUUUUUUCCACAUAAAGGCUCUGAUGGGAAAAUACAUUGAAUAAUAAAUCCAGUCUGUCCCAGUGAACAAAAAGAAUAUAUAAAUAAGCAAUUAAAUGCAAUAGAAAGCAUAUUUUUAAUAAUGGGAUUAUUUAUACUGUAUUUUGUUUUUUCCAUUACUUUUCAAUUGUAUUCAUUUUUUAUUUACGUUAUUUGUCGUGACUUCACCUACAUUUUCUCCCCAUUUAUUUCCCUGAACUUACUGAUUUAUGAGAUUGCUAGACAACUGGGGCACUUGCUCAGUCUAGCUAAAGAUAACUUAAAAUGGAAAAAUAAAAGGAGAAAGUAAAAAUAUGAAAAUAAAAUCGAAGGUAACCAAACAUGGUCAAUUGUUUUUCAAUUUCAUCCCCCCACAGUCAUCAAGAUUUAACUUUAAGUACAGGUAAAUAAAAGGUAACUAUGUGAUGCAAACACAGUUAGUUGCAGGAACGGAUGCAGCAAGCCCCCAAAAUUGGCCCCGAGUGCAGCAACAAGUUAUCAGUUCAGACAGGAAGGCUGCACAUCAAAGUUAGAAAAACACCAACCACAGAAAACAGAAGUAGCUUUCGACUUCCCUUCCGUAAAGUAUUGCUUCCUGAUGUCUUUCUAUGAAAAACAUCAGUGAAUUUGCAGCACUUGACUAUGCUGGAGGAGCACAAGGAGUGUUUGGAUAAGAGAGGUAGCAUUAGCAAAAUUCACAGCAAUGAAUAUUACACAGCAGUCAUGGAAGAGGACUUGCAACGCAUUGAAGACUUGAUUGAGAAACAUGGGAGCAAUUUCCUCAUUGAGCCACAAGGCAAAGUAUAUAAAGAAGCUUUCUGCAAGGGCUUUGCUAUUCUUCCCCUUCACCUGGCUGCCUCUUACAGAAAAAUCCAAAGCAUGCAGAGUCUUCUGUCUGCAGGAGCAGACACUGAAUUGAGAGAUAUGCUUGGUCGAACCCCGCUGCACUUGGUGAUAAUUGGUUGGCCAAGCAUCCUGAAUACGUCCCAAAAACCAGAUUCCAAGUUCCAGACUAAAGUGAUCGGUGUGUGUACAAAGGCAGAGGCCUGUUUAAGGCUCCUCUGUGACCAUGGUGUAAACAUCAAUGCUAAGGUGGAGAGAAAAGGCCACCAGACAGCUCUUCACAUAUCAGUACGCUACAGAGCACUAUCUGCUGUCCAAAUACUGGCGUGCUAUGGUGCCGAUGUUAAUGCUAUGGAUGGCAGUGGGAUGGCACCUCUGCAUAUGGCUGCUGGGAUACUGCAUAAGAAUAUUAUUGCCAGUCUGCUCAGGCAUGGUGCAAAUGUUAACAUGGGAGUGCAGCACACUGGGAACACCCCUCUACACCUCGCUGCCGUGGCAAUGGCUACAAAGACCACUAAAACCCCAGAAGACGCCAUUAGCAGCAUCACUGAGCUGCUCGAACAAGGCGCGGAGCCCAAUGCAGUGAACAACGCUGGCAUGACACCUUUACACGAGGCAUGUAGCAUGGGAAACGAGGAGCUCGUAGACCUGCUGCUGAGCUACGGAGCUAGCAUCUAUAAGCUAAGCGAAGCAGGGGAGAACUGUCUGUACCUUUUCCUGAACAACAUGCCUAAUGUGAAAAAUGUUUCUCUGCUAGUGAAGCUCCUCAGCCUGACCUCACCGCUUACUGUCUACAACCAAAAAGGCCACCUGCCCUUAACCUUAACAAAACCAUGUUUCUUUAAACAGAGAGACUACCUCAUGAACCUAACUCGACAGCCAAGGAGACUUCAGGAUAUUUGUAAGAGUGACAUUUAUCUAACACACGUCAGAGGCAAGAAAGAAGAAAUGAGGAAAAUCCUUCCUGACAAGCUGUACGAAUUUAUCUUCAACCAUUGGGAGAAUGUACACAACAUCUCCUUUGUGACAGACAGUGAACAGGAAUAUGUAAAAUAAUAAUUUCAUAUUACUCCAACCUGACACCAGUUCAAACUCCACCUGACUUUAAACGUUUGCAUCAAACUGCUGACUAACCUUAAAGUAACAGAGGUGUGGAUGAAAGAAAGAAAAGAGAAAUCAUACCUUCAGGUCCCUGUGCAUGAUUCCAUUGGAGUGAAUGUACUCCACACCUUCAAGUAUGUGUCUUAGCAGUCUGAGCGUGUGUUCAGUAUCAACACAGGCAUAAGGACCUGAAAACAGAAAAUACAUCUAUUUAUUCCCCUCCCCCAAAAAGAUUUUCUAUCUCAGAAUAUCCCUAAAAAUAUUAUCUGCAUAUAUUAUAAGCAACAUGAAGCUCUGGGCUGUAAGUAAUCUGAAAUAAACAUGGAUGUUUAACUGAGCAAUUACAUCUUGAGAUUUGUUCCUCUUUGGGCUUGGCGUUCCUCUCAGAGAUCCAGUCUUUUAGGGAGCGCUCACAUAGUUGCAUCUGGAUAUAAAGCAUCAGGUGGAAGUGCACCUGCAGAUACGCCAUAACAGAAAAGUUACAUCCUCUGCUUUUCUUUUUUUGCAAUAAAGAAAAAGAAAAAACUCC